UUUUGAAAUGCCAAGAAUGUUUACACUUCGAUGAUUUAUUUUUAUAAUCUUUUACUUUAUCUGGAAAAAAAAAUUCCUCUUCGAGAAAGAAAUAAUGUGCUUUUAAUACUUGAUACUGCUGACUUGGAAUCUCUGCAUAACAUUUCUGGAUUUCAAAGGCUAACCUUUAAAAAGUAAUUUUUCUGAAAAAUUUGAAGAUGAAAUUUAUCUUAGCAUCAUCUGUAUAUUUUGCUGUUAUUUUAAGCAAAGAAAAUUUGCUCUAUCAAAUAUCAAAUAGUAUUCAAUCUACAUAGUAUUCAGAACUAUAUGUUUCCUCAUUUUAAUGUAUCCAAGAAUUCUGAUGUUGUCUACAAUGGAUAUUAAAACAGAUUGCUGUACAAAAUCUGUUCUGAAAAAAUCAAAUUCUUUUGAUAUUAGUAAAGCCAAGAAGGUUACAUUUUCUAAUACGGUUAAGGUUUUUGUUGAUGAUCCUAGCAAAUUAAUCAAUACAGAUAAUAAUGAAAAUUUGGAUGUAAAUUACAUUGAAAUAAGUAUUGUUGAUAAAUCCAAAGAAUUAUUACCUACUGAAUCUUUUGACGACUGUAAAGUAACAGAUUUUUUAGUUCAUAAAGUAAUUUAUGAUAAUUAUGUUUUACCUGAUGAUGAUGAGCUUUGUCUUUCAAAUGAAAUAAAUGAUGAUAACCCAAUCUUAUUUGAAUCAGGACCUGAAGAUGAUGAAUUAGAAUUUGUUGUUCAUAAAGUCACUGAACAUGAAGAUGAUCUGAUUAAAAAAGAUGCAGAUUUUAGCAUUGAUUCUACUGAAGAAAAUGAGAACAUAUCUGUAUCUGAUUCUGAAGAUAAUAAACUAGAUGCAAAAUUUUCAAAAUUGAGCGUUGAAAAUAUUCUUGAGCAUGAUAAAAUAAUUGCCUUAAUUGACCAAACUAGUUUAGGUCUUUCAGCCUUAAGUAGUCCUUCUUUAACUUUGUCUGGGCCUGAGGUCAUAUCUGAUAAAAUUUUUAUUAAAAAUAGUGAUAAGUCUGUAGCUGUGAUACCUAAAGUGAUGGACAAUACACUAGUAUUAUCUCCCCCAUUGCAAGAAUUAAGUCUUGAUAAAAUUGUCAAAGCACAUUCAGAAAAUGUUUUAUGUGACAUUGAUAUUAGCCCAUUGAACUCCAUACAAGAAACUGAUAGUGAUUCCGAUGUUUCAUCGGAAGGUACGAUGAUUAUGAUGACUUCAGAAGAAUGCCAGAAAAAUGAACAGCAUAUCCGAGAAAGUUUUUUGAAAUUUCAGUCUCUGAAAGAGAGAACUAAUAAAACUGAACAACCAGAGACAGCAAGUGAUAAUUUAGAUUGUUCUGCUUCAGUUGAAGAAAUCAAUUCCAAUGCAAUACAGGAUGAUACAAAACUUCUUGAUGAAUCUGUUGAAAGUGAUGCAGUUUUGAUUAGUGAUAAUGUAGAAUCAUCAAGUGCACAUUUUAUAGAAAAUUUCACCUCAACCAACUUCGAUUUUUCUGAAAAGUGUUCUUCUGAUUCUGAUCCAAAUGAGCUUCCAAUAUCAAAACGUACAUAUAGCUCUUCAUUGCCAGAUACUGAUUUAAUAUAUGCCAAUUAUCAUAGUUUACAUUCCAAACAUGCCUAUGCAUUAAAAAGAGCUUCUUCAGAAAAUGGGACAAGUUUUAUUCGCAAACCAGCUAUGUCUGUAGAAAUUCCCAGUGAUGUUCGAGAAUGGAAAAUACUCUUAAGUUCUGUAGAAAAAAUUACCGGUGAUUAUCAGACUACAGGAAAUAUGAAAGAAAAUGAAAACAGUUCUUUCUUAUCAAUUCCAGAUCAAUCUGAUUUACAUGAAGCAGCUUCUCAAAUUCCAAAAUCAGAUGAGCUUGAGAAUUUUGUGCAUGAAAGCACAGAAAGAGUGGAACGCAUUCGUAAACGGUAUUAUGUUAAUGGAAAGUCACAUAUUAGGUUUGGAGUGCCGAAGCAUGUACGGGGAAUAAGACCACGUUUUGGUUCUACAGCUGAGAUCCUUCAAUUAAUGCAGAAGCGAAACAAUCCACCUUUUGUAGCUUUUAAUGGUGCAAAAAAUCAUAUGUCAUGGCCAUGUGAAGAAAGUAACAGUAGCCAUGAACCAGUUGUGCUAAACAGGCAUUCCAAUAAUUUUUAUGUUAGUCAAAGCUCCUCUCAAUCAUCUAUUGAUUCAUACUCAGAGGAACCAUUGAAUACUAGCUGUGAUCAUUAUUCAAUUUCUUCCUGCCCAUCAAUUAUUGUUCAUGAAAGGGGUUCACCCGAAGGUGCAAGUCCACCUAGACCCAGAACAGAGAUUAAUGUUCAUUCAUCAUCUCAAAAUUAUGACUGUGACAGUUUUGUAUAUUACUCUCUUAAAAUAUAGAUGAGUUCUUUAGUAUUAUUUUUAUUUUCAGUUUACAGAGCUUCCAAACUGGUGAAUUUUUCUAUUUGCUCAAUGUACUUUAUUUAUAUAAAAUUAUUCAUUCAUCAUUAAAACAGAUCCAAUGGAAAGUAUUCAUUACAUGAAAAGGCUGAAGUUUGAUUAUCUUUUUUUAGUAUUAUUGUUUUUAUUAUUAUUUUUUAUAUUACAAGUGAUGUACAAAAAGAGAGGAAAAUUUUGUUUAGAACAAUUUUUUUUUAUUGUGAAUCUUUUUAUAGUAAUGGUGACAUGUUGAUUGGUAAUGUUUUUUUUUGAAACAUUUUAUUGCAGUUAUUAAUUUACAGGGUAUUUGUAAUUGGCAGUCAGCGUGUUGAUGUAUUCAUGAUUUAGUACAAAUAGCUGCAUAUUCAUGGUGCUAAAAACUCAUCUUGAAAAAGGAUGAAAUGACUUCAUUUUUCACUUUAUUAUUCAUUUGAAUUCUAGAAAAACUUGCAAUAAUUUUUUCUUUUUCUUUUCUGUUGACUGUCCGCUUAUAAAGCUACAAUAAAACAAAUAUAUAUAUGCCUUUAAAAGAAACUUGUUUUAAUAGUUUCAAAGUCAAAUAGUAGACAAUUUUGAAAAGGUAGAAAAUUGUUUUUCAGCAUCUCCAGUUUUAAAAUUUUAAAACUUGUGAUGAUGCUUUAUUUGUAUAUCUAAGCUUGCAUAAAAUAUGAAUGAAAUUAUUUGAUUAAUUCUAUAUAAAAUCCAAUCUAUUUAUUUUGAAAUAUAUAAAAUGAUAUGCCACUUAAAAGUGCAAUUCGUAUGCUUAAAUACAGUUCUAUCUUUCUUGUUUGUAUCAUUAAAAUUUUAAAGAAAUACAUUUAAUUAUAUUUUUGUUUGUUCUAUUUUUUAUAAAUUGUCUAUUUUUGAAAAGAAUUUUAAUGCAAAAAAUGUGAAAUUAUUCUGCACGUUCUAUAAGAUUACUCAUAGAACAGGUAUAAAUUUACUGAAAUUAAUUAUUUUUGUUUUAUUAUUUCAUUUUUCUUUACAUUUACUGAUAGUGAUACACCUAUCUUAAGAAAAGCAUUCCAUUUUGCUGUAUUAUAAUAUAACUGUAUUUUGAUUGGUUCAAUUUAUGUGAUACUCGGUGAUUGAUUUCUUUAUCAUUAUAUAAAUAUAUUAUGUGAUUUUUAGGAUUAUUAUGCAUUUAUAAUAAUUUGUUUUAAAUUGGCUGCCAUAAUGUUGAAAAAGAUCAAAAGUUAUUAAAGUAUGGUGUCUACUUAUAAUAAAAGAAACAUCUAGAAAAAUCAAAAUUUAUCAUCUAUUUGAGCUUGUAGAGGUGCUCCCUUCUUUAAUUUUAACUCUAAAAGAAAUUACCCAAUUGUGUGCUAAUGUGAAUAAUCUUUAAAUUAUGCAAUUGGAUUGAAUUUAAUCACAUUUACAAGAAAAAUAAAAACUUAUAACUGUGAAAUGUAAAAAGAAAGAAAAAGGAAAGAUUUUAACAUAAUUGUUACAAAGAAUAUUCAGGGCUGAAUGUAACCACACAUUAAACUGCUUUGGAAAGAUUAGCCAAUACAUUUCUGUUACUACUUCAGUCCUUUAUUGACCAUUAAGGCUUUAUUUUGGCUGUUGUCCAUUCUGAUAAUCAGAGUGUUUUGAAUUUUUAUGUUUCAAUACUUGACUUUUCUCUCACCGAGAGAUAAUGGAAGAAGUGACUGAAAGCAAGCACAAGUCUCAAAUUCAACCAUAAAAAAAAUAUUGAAAAGUAUUAAAAAUGUUAUUAGGCAUGCACACUUCUUUAAUAUAGCAUAAUUAAAUAAUCUAAACAGAUUAUUUGAAUUUCUAAUUCAAUACUACAAAUGUUGUUGUAUUUGUUAACUACACUAAAUCAAUCAGAGUUUCAAAUAAAUCUCUGCUGAUAAGCUACUGUAUCAAUGUUUUAUUAUUAAUGGAUUAUGAGAUCUCUUGACUAGUUUAUCUCAAAUAACCCUAGUACUUCUUGAACAACUGUGAACACUUGCUGAAAUCUCUGCUGAAACAGAAAAAACAACAAAAUCAGCUAAUUGUAGGCACUUUCUGACGGAUUGUGUUAUAAAAUGAAGGAAAUUUCUUUUAAAGAAUUGAAGCAUUUAUUUAUUACUAUAAUUUUUGUUGACUGAUCAUAAUUAUAUUUCUCCAGUCAUAAUUAUUAUUCAUUAUUAAUAAUAAAUAAUUAUUCCUUAUUAAUAAUAAGGAAUAAUAUAUUCCUUAAUAAUGCCCACAUUACCGAAAUGUACUAAGCAACAAAUUUUUAUAUCUUUUCUUUUAUAUUCGAUUGACUAUUUUUGAUUUUUUUAAAAAAUAGUUAUUUAUUCUGGUGAUUUUUUUUCAUAAAUCGACUGCCAUAAUUGCUCUAUAUUUCUUCUUUUACCAUUUGG